AUGCCGUACGUGGCUCUGCCCAGGUUGUCUGGCAUGACUUGGGAGUUCAACCACAACUGUGCUGAGAGGGUUGCUGCUGAAAUCGUCUCCAGCCUGGCCGUGGCGGAGCUCCUGCCCAGGCUCUGCUCCCGUGAGAUGGUGCUGGAGGAAGAGUUUGGUGUUCCCUUCCAUCAGGGGGUCCUGGUCGGCGUGGUCCUGCGCUACGGCAUCCACGUCCCCAGCGACGUCAACAACGUGACGCUGAGCUGCCAAGUGCAGACCAGUCCUGCCACGCUGCUGGUGAACGUCAGUGGGAAGUACUACGAGUACACCCUGAAGGGGGAAAUCAGCGCCCAGGAGCUCAAUAACGUCCAGGAUAACGAGAUGCUGAGGAAGGUGACUUUUGAUCCUGAAGUGUUUUUCAACAUUUUGCUUCCUCCAAUUAUAUUUUAUGCAGGCUACAGCUUGAAAAGGAGGCACUUCUUCAGAAACUUGGGCUCCAUCCUGGCGUACGCUUUUCUCGGCACGGCGAUUUCGUGCCUGGUGAUCGGCUCUGUCGUGUAUGGCUGCGUGGCGCUGAUGAAAGUCACGGGGCAGCUCGGGGGAGACUUCUACUUCACCGACUGCCUCCUGUUUGGUGCCAUCGUAUCGGCUACUGAUCCAGUGACUGUUCUUGCCAUAUUCCAUGAACUCCAGGUUGAUGUUGAGCUGUAUGCCCUUCUCUUUGGCGAAAGCGUCCUCAAUGAUGCCGUUGCCAUAGUGCUGUCUUCUUCAAUUGUUGCGUACCAGCCGGCGGGCGACAACAGCCACACGUUUGAUGUCACAGCAAUGUUCAAGUCGAUUGGGAUCUUCCUGGGGAUAUUCAGCGGAUCUUUUGCAAUGGGAGCAGCUACUGGAGUUGUGACAGCUUUAAUAUCCUUUUUGUUGUUUUUUCCAAGUGUGGUGGCCGUGCUCUUCUGCGGGAUCACGCAGGCCCAUUAUACCUAUAACAACUUAUCUACGGAGUCCCAGCACAGAACUAAGCAGUUGUUUGAGCUUCUGAAUUUCUUAGCAGAAAACUUCAUCUUUUCCUACAUGGGACUCGCACUGUUCACCUUCCAGAACCACGUCUUUAACCCUACCUUCGUGGUGGGGGCUUUCCUUGCUAUCUUCUUGGGAAGAGCUGCCAAUAUUUACCCACUGUCAUUUUUACUGAAUCUGGGGAGAAGAAAUAAGAUCGGAACAAAUUUGCAGCAUAUGAUGAUGUUUGCGGUCCUCAUCGUCUUCUUUACGGUGUGGGUUUUCGGCGGGGGCACCACGGCCAUGCUGUCCUGCCUGAAUAUCCGAGUCGGUGUGGAUGCGGAUCAGGAGAACGUGGGUGUCCCGGAGAGCGAGAGGAGGAGUACGAAGGCAGAAAGCGCCUGGCUCUUCCGCAUGUGGUACAACUUUGAUCACAACUAUCUGAAACCUCUGCUGACGCACAGCGGUCCUCCUCUGACGACCACGCUCCCGGGGUGCUGUGGGCCUAUUGCCCGGUGCCUGACGAGUCCACAGGCAUAUGAAAAUCAAGAGCAGCUGAAGGACGAUGACUCUGACCUCAUUUUGAACGACGGGGACAUCAGCCUGACCUACGGGGAUUCCACCGUCAACACCGACAGUGUCGCGUCCAGCGGCACGUCGCGGCGGUUCGUGGGCAACAGCUCUGAAGACGCGCUCGAUCGGGAGCUGGCUUUUGGGGACCAUGAACUCGUAAUCCGCGGAACGCGCCUGGUCCUUCCCAUGGACGAUUCAGAGCCACCGUCAAACGUCCUGGAUAACGCAAGACAUGGUCCGGCAUAAGGUUGUUCGGUUUAAUUGACAGUAAUAUUUGCAUAUAUGAUCAAGAAUAUGUACUACCUAAAGUCUAAUGCAUGUCUCAAAAUGUCUAAGCUGUAUAAAUAUUAUUUAUAUGGUGUCAGAAGAAUAUAAAUAUUCUCUGCCAAGCACUUGUAAAGAACAAGCUGCAAAUUUAAGUUAAAAACU